AGAAACCGGGAGCCAGCGGACAAUGUGCUGUGAAUAGACAAGGAAACAGGUGCCAGAGAAAUGUUACCACUUCAAGAAGCUCCAAGCCCCCCCACUUCUGGUCCGAAACAGUGUGGGAUAGGAUGCAAUAUCAAUACAAAUGAACACGGUGAGCUAUUCGUCACCAAGGUUAUCCCCGGUGGCCCAGCAGCGUUCUCUUGCAACGUAGCAGUCGAGGACGUUAUCCUAUGCGUUGAUGGAGUCAGUGUGGUUGGUGAGACCGUGGAUGAUGUGAAGCGGCGAAUCGUUGGGCCUGAAGGGAUACCGAUUGAAGUUACUUUGAGACACAAGAGACAUUCCGGCGAGGUGAAAGAGCAUGUCGUCCGACUUCUUCGUCAACCCCCCGUGCCAUUUCCGGAACGGCUGAGCGAGGGGCCAAUCGGACUUGGACUGGACCUUGAGAGGAUGGAUGAUGGCUCGCUGGUGGUUCGCAAACUUCAGAAUGGGGGAGCGGCGUCGCUGUCAAAUCAAAUCAGAGUUGGUGACAAGAUUGUACUUGUUGACGGGAUCCGCAUGAAUGAUGUGGGACAACCGAGGGAUUUCUCGUCGAUCCUAAAGGGAAGGCCUUUUUCAAGGGUUUCGUUGGGCAUUGUUAGCAAUGGAAUAUUGAGAAAUGUUGAAAUUGUGAGGACUGUAGUACUCAUGGGGGAAUUUCUGAUCAAGUUUAAUUCGUAUCAAAGUGCGCUGAACCACGCCAUCGUCGAGCCACCUCCGCCAAGGAGAGAUCCUGCCGUCUUCAUUCCGGAGCUGUUUCAAAAGCAUGAGAAGUCUCCUGCAAACUCUUCGAGCUAUGGGUUGGAUGAGUACUCGCGGCAAAAUCUACAGCCUGGCAUGGGAGUUCGCCGAUACAGAGCACCCGCGAGACAAGAUCUGUCUGCCAUCCAAGGUGAUGAUAUUAGAUCGGAAACGAGACAUGGAGCUGCUAUCUGCCACGAGGAGUACCGUGGUGAACAUGUGCACACAGCAUUCAGACCGUUGAUAGCACGUGGGGGCAUCCAAGAAACCUCGCCCGGCGUGGCUGAUAUUCUCACGCCUCAUGUUUCCUUCUCGUCGAGAGACAGCAUAGCAUCCAUUGUCAGACAGCAAUUCGGGGACCAAGUGGACGGGAUUCGUACAGUCGAGGGGCGUGAAAACUCAUUCUUGUAUUCUUGGCCGCAUUCGCACGUGCCGAAGUUGUCGAAGAGUGCGAUGGCACAGGCUGGUUUCGUGUUCGCUCCUGACUCCGAGUGCCCUGACAAGGUGCUCUGCGUCUUUUGUGGGCUGGAGUUGGCAUACUGGGAAGAAGGCGACGACCCUUGGGUUGCGCAUCAUGACGCGUCGCCCGGCUGUUCGUUCUGGAGGAAGAGCAGCUCGGCGGGGGAGCGCUUGAGCAAGGAGAUGUUUACUGGGUACGGGUCGCCGUAUCACUCCAUAUUCUUUUCACCUGGGGUAGAGAGAUCGUUGGGCAACUUCAACUUCAGAGGUACAGACAGGCUCAUUGUGACAUAGGGAGGAAGAGAGAAGAGGCUGGAGGGAAAGGAGGAAGUGAAGGGAGGAGGCUGAAUGUGGAUUUGUUGGAUCUGAUAUUAUACUUACAACCUG